AAUAAAUGCAGUUGACAGUGAMAGGACGUUUCUUUUUUUGCUGAUUUUAUAUGUUCUURGUCUUCUAUAGCUGAUUYCUCCCAACUAAUAGGAAUCCCCACCCAGUUGACUACUUUAAAAUGGUGGAACCCUUCAAUGGCAAUGUCCAUGCUAAAACAGGUUAUAUCCAUGAUGAUGUUGUUCUCUAGAGCGCAUAGAAACAAGUCUGAUGAUUAAAGCAUAUGUACUUUGGAUGGUGUCCAUAUUGAUCGUGUCCAUGCUUACAAAUAUCUGGGCAUCUGUUAGAUGAAAAGCUGUCUUUUAAAAAGCAUAUGGAUGAGUUAAAGAAGCUGAGAAUGAAAAUGGGCUUCUUUUAUAGAAAUAGGUCCUGCCUUUCGCUUAAUAGUAGAAAGUAGAUUAUUCAGUCGAUGUUCCUAUCGGUCCUAGACUUUUCGACAUCAUCUAUAUGAARGCAGCUGCCACUUGAUUAAAACCGUUAAAUGCAGUUUAUCAUUGCGCACUGUGCUUUAUUACGGGCGACAAUUUUUGUACAAAUCACUGCAUUCUCCACCAGAUAGUUUGUUGGCCUUCUUUGAUGUCAUGUAUGUUGAUAUAUUGAUAUGUUUUCAUUUAUAAAGCCCUUUUACAAAAAGUCCUACUGUACCUAACAUCAUUACUAAUCUUUGGACAUAGGAGUUACCACACCCGGUCUCAAGGAUUGCAAACUCUGGAAAUUCCUGUGGUCUCUACUGACUUAGAUUUUGGGCGGAGUAAAACCUCUCGCUUCAGACGUCCGAGAAGGCAACAGUUGCAAAACUAAAACGAGAGUUUCUACUGGACAAAUUGAGCUCAACCCCAGCGUAAACCUAUUCCAGCGGAAGUUUGUCACUGAGAUAAAACGAUGUGAGGAAAUGGAGAGAAUUCUAGGMUACCUUCUAAGGGAAAUCAAGAGAGCAGACAUCCCACUUCCAGAGGGAGAAGUGAACCCGAUUGCACCCCAGCCCAAGCAUGUCCUGGUUAUAAUGGAGCAGUUGCAGAGGCUGGAGGUGGAGCUGAGCGAGGUGACCAGGAAUAAGGAGAAACUACAGAAGAACCUCCUGGAGCUGACCGAGUACACACACAUGCUGCGCAUCACACGCAACUUUGUGCACCGCAGCACAGAACGUGAGCCCCUGCAUGCCCAGCAUGAGGAGUUCUCCUUCCUAGAGGACUCCAUGAUGGAGUACACUAGCAUGCAGCGGCUAGGAGCCAAACUAGGGUUUAUAUCAGGGCUGAUUCAGAGGGUGAAGAUAGAGGCCUUUGAGCGCAUGCUGUGGAGAGUGUGUAAGGGCUACACCAUUCUUAGCUACUCUGAAAUUGACGAGUAUUUGGAGGACCCUGACACGGGUGAGCCAACUAAGAGUGUGGUGUUCCUCAUCUCCUAUUGGGGUGAGCAGAUCGGACAGAAAGUCAAGAAGAUCUGUGACUGCUACCACUGUCACGUGUAUCCAUACCCUAACAGCAAUGAGGAGAGGAAUGACGUUGUGGAGGGACUCAGAACUCGCAUCCAGGACCUGCACACUGUUCUCCAUAGGACAGAAGACUACCUGAGACAGGUGUUGAACAAGGCCUCUGAGUCUGUCUACACCUGGGUCAUCCAGGUCAAGAAGAUGAAGGCCAUCUACUACAUCCUCAACCUGUGCAGCUUUGACGUCACUAACAAGUGUCUGAUAGCCGAGGUGUGGUGCCCUGUCAACGACCUCCCGACCCUGCGGCGGGCGCUAGAGGAAGGCUCGAGGAAAAGUGGAGCCACAGUGCCUUCUUUUYUCAARCGUAUCCCCAGCAACGACACUCCGCCCACCCUGAUAAGGACCAACAAGUUCACCUCAGGCUUCCAGAGCAUAGUGGAGGCCUAUGGAGUGGGAAACUAUAGAGAGGUUAACCCAGCUCCUUACACAGUCAUCACCUUCCCCUUCCUGUUUGCUGUGAUGUUUGGAGACCUGGGCCAUGGUAUGAUCAUGGCUCUGUUUGCUCUCUGGAUGGUGCUGUAUGAGGACAACCGCAAACUGAAGCGCACAAGAAACGAGAUCUGGAACACGUUCUUCGAGGGCCGUUACAUCAUCCUGAUGAUGGGCUUGUUCUCGGUCUAUACCGGCCUCAUCUACAACGACUGCUUUUCCAAGUCUCUCAACAUCUUUGGCUCAUGCUGGAGCGUCAACGCCAUGUUUAAAUCUGGAAAUUGGACUUGGGAUUCCACGCUCCGCACCAAUGCCUUUCUGACCCUUGAUCCCAUUGUCCCUGGGGUUUUCYAUGGACCCUACCCUUUGGGCAUUGACCCGAUUUGGAACCUGGCGUCAAAUCGUCUGACCUUUCUGAACUCCUACAAGAUGAAGAUGUCUGUGAUUGUGGGUAUCAUUCACAUGAGCUUCGGGGUCAUCCUAGGUGUCUUCAACCACCUACACUUCAGAAAGAAGUUCAACCUGUACUUAGUAUUCCUCCCGGAGCUGCUGUUCCUGCUGUGUCUGUUUGGCUACCUGGUCUUCAUGAUCAUCUACAAGUGGCUGGCCUUCUCUGCCCGUGACUCCCAGAUGGCCCCCAGCAUCCUCAUCCACUUCAUCAACAUGUUCCUCAUGCAGGGGGACGGGGUGCCGCCCCUCUUCCCAGGACAGGUUGGGCUGCAGGUGUUCCUGGUGGUAAUUGCUCUACUAUCAGUGCCUGUCUUACUGCUGGGGAAACCAGUUUACCUCUACUUGCUGCACAACGGAGGAGCCAACCUCAUGGGAAUGUACAGGGGUUAUGAGCGUGUGCGGCGGCACAGUGAGGAAGAGCUUUCCCUGAUGAGGGCUCAUGARAUGGAGGAGGGCAGUGUCCACAAUGACCUCUCCACCAGCAGAGAGCAGCAGAAAGAGGAGUUUGACUUUGGGGAUGUGUUCCUSCACCAGUCUAUUCACACCAUAGAGUACUGCCUGGGCUGCAUCUCCAACACAGCCUCCUACCUGCGCCUCUGGGCUCUGAGUCUGGCACAUGCCCAGCUGUCGGAGGUGCUGUGGUCCAUGGUGAUGCGGGUGGGCCUGCGGAUGAACACCAGUCUGGGCAUCAUGUUUCUGGUGCCAGUGUUUGGGAUAUUCGCUGUGCUCACUGUGUCUAUCCUCCUGGUUAUGGAGGGACUGUCUGCCUUCCUCCAUGCUCUCAGGCUGCACUGGGUGGAGUUCCAAAAUAAGUUCUACAGUGGGACUGGAAUCAAGUUUGUUCCCUUUGCCUUCUCCAUCCUGCCCUCUAGCUUUGAGCAUGAUGACUUGCUGUGAAUGGGACACAAUGCWCCCGACCUCCGAGGCAAACUGCCACAAUGUACCAGCAGGAUCCAGUGCUAUUGAGCUAGCCUGCGUACCAGUCUCUUUGUGCCAUCAUGCCACUCCUUUUCAUGCCAAACAUGAUCAUCUACAAGUGGCUGGCCUUCUCUGCCCGUGACAUAUGAUGGCACAAAAAGAUUUGUACUCUGACUACUAUUGAGCCUCAUCGAUGUACAGUUCAGUUUCAUAGUAUUUUUUUUAAUACUAUUUGUUGUACUGACUGACUGCCUUACAUAUGUACAAACAAAUGUCAACAUAUCAUGCUCUAUUUUCAAUUGAAUGAUAUUCUGGGUUACCAAAACUUUGCAAAGAAAAGCCUCAUUCAGUCUUGGUUGAAAAUGAAAAGUAUUUUUGGAUGAAUGUAGGAGCGAGAUGUACAUUUUAUUUUAUAGAAAUAAAGUUGGAAUGAGAGAAUAGCAUUUGAAUGACUACGACAGGCUUAAAAACUAUAGUGGUGCAUACAUUCAAGAGAAAAUGUAUGAUUACUGUUGUUCCGAAUGUUAACAAAAUGUCCUAACACAUGUUGCCUAUGCCUCCAUCGCUUUGUGGGAGACUACUCUUAAAACUGUACAUUCCAUCGAUGGAAAUUUAA